CAUACACACUGGCUUACACUUCUAUUUGUACUCUUCUCCCUUCACCUGGAGUUUAUCACCCCACAGUUGACGUCUUCACGCCUGUGUCGAAUCAAGUCUAUUCCACCAUUGCGUAGCAGAAACAACAUAAGCCGCCAACUCAUCGAGAUAUAGGACGGUCUUCCGUGUACGGUCGCAGUAUUGACCCUACAUUAUUGAGCUCCAAAAUCGAAUUCGCUUCAUAUAUGGCGGGGGCACUGUGACCCCUAAUAGGCUUUGCGUGGAAGUUGGAUACAUAUCUAGCCUCGAACUUGAACGAAGAGCAGCACCAUAUAGACAAAUCUCUACUUUACCCCGGUGUGUAACAUAUGUAACUGGUAACCCCCUUAUGCUGAUACAUCUGCUCCAAGCGCGUUACAACAGCUGUGAUGGAAGAAACGGUACACAGUGACCCCGACGGAACUGGCCAAAGUAUUUCCCCGGGGGAGCUUACAAGAAGUCACAUCGAAACUAUCGUGAUAUUUGAGAGACUGGGUGCCGCGUUAUCUGUUACUGGAGUCCUUCUUAUUUUCGUUGCUUAUGCAAUCUUCAAACGACUUCGCACCGUACCAAAUACCUUUAUUCUCUUUGCGUCUUUUGCGAACUUGGGGGCGAGCAUUGCCUGCUUAAUAGGGUACUCAGGGGUGUUGGCAGGAUCAACUAGUCACCUAUGCCAGGCUCAGGCCUUCAUGUUUGAACUAUUUAUGCAAUCGGAUCCGUGGUGGUCCUUUGCCAUGGCUGUCAAUGUGUACAUGGUCUUUUUCUUCUCCGCAAAUCCCAAAAGCUUUCUUCGAUACUGGUGGGCGUAUUUCCUCGUUUGUUAUGGGAUACCCUUCAUCCCGUCGUUAUGGCUACUCGUUGUCCGCGGAAGUGAUGGGCAGAUUGUAUACGGCAAUGCGACAAUAUGGUGUUGGAUAGAUAAGGACUGGUCCAACCUGCGCAUCUACACGUACUACCUCCCGAUUUGGGUCUGCAUUAUCCUUUCUACUUUCAUAUACGCAGCUGUUGGUUAUUACGUCUUCAAACAGCGCAACCAACUGCGUAACCUGUCUCUUAGCAAUCCUGCUAACGACCCCCCGGCGCCGCGUGACUCGGGGGAGAAGACGCUCUUCACGAACGCUGCUAUUAUGGGCAGUAUCAAUCGAGAGGUCGUGCAGGUGACGACGGUAAACUCAACUACCGCAUACUCUGUCAGUGGGCCAUCGUUGACCAGUGCCACGCCUACUAAUUGGUUGGACGGACCACUCGACGACAAGAAUAAUAUGGAUAGCCCUCUGACACCUAUAUCGUCGCAAAAUCCAUACCAUACUACGAUCACACGUAUCACCGCGGAUCCGGUGCCGCGAGAAGGCCUCUGGGCGCGCGCUCGGGGGAAUUUCCAGCGCUGGCGCAACCGAUUUAAUCAUAUGGAUCCGGUGAAAUUGGCGUACCUACGUACCUCGUUCGUUUUCGCGAUCAGCGUAUUCGUGACAUGGACGCCGAGCAGUAUUAACAGGGUGCAUGACCUUGUCUACGCUGAGAGCGCUAGUUUCGCACUGAACCUGGCCAGCGCCGUCGUGCUGCCUCUCCAAGGUGUCUGGAACGCCGUUAUUUUCUUCUCAACUACGUGGUCUUCUUUACGUCAGGAAGUCCGUGCUCGGCUCGAUUCGCGCAAGGGAUUACCCCGCGGACACCAUGAUGCGGUAGCCGUGCGCAAUGAGCGCGAACGCGAGCGAGCCUUAGAGCUGUCGAGACGAAAGACUCGGGGACAUACUGAUGAUGCUGGAAGUGAUCUUAGCGCCUCAGGUUCGCUCGGUGGUAACGCUACGAGCGGCGGCACUGUUAGAGUCAUGCGCGGCGGAUCGCUUACUAGUAUCUAACCUUAGAUGUAAGAUGAGAAGUACCUAAGUCAUACUUGCAGGGAUCCGAGGGCUGGUGCUAAAAAACGAAUAUAUCUACUGUGCUUAUUUAGGUACGGUAGGUGGAUAGGCGGUCUUGAGGAUUAGUUAGUUUAUUGGUUAAGAAGUGCGUACAUGCGUCGGUCAACUUGUCUUCGACAGCCACUUUCGCUUCUUGGUCUGGUCUGGAACUUGAGGUUUGAAUAAAGGUGCUUGAAUAAGACAGGUCUACACGGAAGCUCACUUGAGUAUAGGGUAUACCGUUUUAUACAUGAUUCUUGCGAGAAUUGUUGAAUACUACUAGCUAAUCCGACUUGUGAUCAUAUACAUGCGUUGUUAAGUUAUCGCUAAGACUAUUUGGCUUACGACCUAAUGUUGUUGAACACUUGGAUGAAUAGAUUCUGAUAUUUUACCACUUCUCAAUA